UAUGCCAAUGACUUUGUAGAAAGAAGGCAAGAAUCAUAGUAAAACCAUUUUCAUUUUGAAACUUGAUUUGCAAAAAUCCUCCCUCUUCACCAUCUCUAACUCUUCACACCAUCAUUGUGCUGUGUUUGAUAAUUCAUAUUUCAAUUGGGUGAUGGCUGCUUUUGCUGCAGCUACUUCCCUUAAGAAUACGUUGGAGCGUAUUCUACACUCGUCUCGCUUUUUGCUGGUUCCUCCGUCUGCGGAUAUCGCAGCACUCACCUACAAAGCCGUCUACGACAUCCAGACAAUUCUGCUACAACUGGAGUACACCAGCUACAGCAAGAUAAGGACGAAGGUGAACACUGUAGAUGAACAAAUCAAACAGGCCAUAUGGGAAUUCGAAGAUUUAUUAGAAUCUCUCAUCUAUGAUCAAAUUCUUCCACAACUCGAAAUCUCAUCGGUAGGUGAGAAUGAUCAAUUGUAUUUCUUUGUAGAUCUGCAAAGUCUACAACAGAGUGUUGAUUGCUUUAUCGAAAAGCUGAUGGAAAUGGAGGAGGAGUAUGUUUUAGAAUUGGAGAAUAUGCCUGAAGAAGAAGGCGAACCUAUUUCCUCAAGAAUUGAUUCUAGCGGAAUCAACUCAAACAUGGUUGGAUUAUCUGAUCAAUUUCAACAAGCCAAGGAUUAUGUUCUUUCAGAAGAUAAGAAUUGGUUAUCGCUCGUUGGGAUGGCAGGGGUUGGAAAGACAACUCUGGCUAAGAAAGUAUUUGACGAUCCGUCUAUCCAGGCACAUUUCGAGCUUCGUGCAUGGGUCAGAGUGGGCAGAAAAUGUGAAUUCAAUGAAAUAUUACGAAGCAUUCUGGCUCAAGUGGAUCCUAAUACUCACUACCAAAUGCUUAGCCAAAGAGACGAUGACGACGACCAUAAAUUAGUUGGAGCCUUGGAAGAGAGACUGAGGAAUAAGAAAUGUCUCAUUGUGUUGGAUGACGUAUGGGUAUUGAAUACACAAGCAAUGGAUUACUUGCCAAAAAUGAAUGUCCGAAUCUUGCUUACAAGCAGGAUGGCAAAUAAGCAAUCUACACUUCUAGUAGUACGCUUGUUGACUUUUGAAGAAAGUAACAAAUUACUUGGUGAGAAGGUGUUUGGUGAAGAGGGUUUCCCGCCCCACCUUGAGAAAUUGGGAGAGAAGAUUGCGGAAAAGUGUGAAGGUCUUCCACUUAUGAUAGUCAUAGUUGCGGAGCUUCUAUCUAAAGAAGACAAGACCUCAGAAUACUGGACUGAGAUAGCGGGAAAAAUACAAAAUUCUGUGUUUGUGGAAGCAUACGAUCAAGUAUCAGAGGUAUUUUUGCCAAGCUAUGACUACUUGCCUCAACAUUUAAAAAUGAUAUUUGUCUAUUUUGGAGCUUUCCCUCCAUAUACGGAUAUACAGCCGGACAAAAUUUUCCAACUUUUGAGUGCUGAGGGGUUUGUUGAACUGCUUGGAAAACAAAUUUGGGAUGAAUUUAAGGUCGAAGUCUGGACUGAUCUUUGUAUUUUGUAUUAUCUUGUUCUUUACGAUUAUAGCCCUGACUCUUGGUUUUCAUCAAAAAUCUGUCGCGUGCAUUCUUGUUGGCAGCACGUGUGUAGGAAAGAAGCUAGUAAGAUCAAGUUUUUGCAUGUUUUACAAAGUUCUGAUGAUGUUUUGAUAGAGCAGCGUCGGUUGUGUGCCCACUACAACACUUUAUUUGCCUUCAAAGAAGUGUGUGAUUCAAUAAAAAGGGAUUGCUCAUCAACAGCCCGUUCUCUCCUUUGUUUUGGUCCUAACCACCUAUAUCCGCUGCCAAUACAUGCCAUGGAUUUCAAGUUGCUCAGGGUACUAGAUGCUUAUGCAGUCCGAUUUUAUCAUAUCCCACUUGAGAUUAUGAAACUAGUUUGUCUAACCUAUCUUGCCUUAACUUGCAACAAAGAGAUCCCUGUUUCCAUAUCCAACCUUUUUCACCUUCAAAUAUUGAUUAUUGGACAAUAUUUGAAUAUCAAAAAGUUAGGAUGUCAGUCAUAUAUGCCCGGACAAAUAUGGGGCAUGCAAGAUCUACAAUGUAUUUGUAUAAGCGGAAGAGACCUACCAACCCCUAAUUCUAAUGCUACUCUGGACAAACUCUCAUUUCUUUUUGGUGUAAGCGCAAAGAGUUGCACUAGAGAAAUUCUCAAAAGAAUCCCUAAUUUAAGGUAUUUAGAAGUUGUGAUGGAGUUGAAGCAUUAUGUUGAUGAGGAUGAUAGUGACCUACUGAAUGGCUUGGGUUAUAUCUCAAAGGAACUUCAUAAUUUGAGGGUACUUUCAUAUUCUGUAUUGAACCCUGAUAUGAAGUACUAUAAGUGUAUCAUUCCUCUUUCAAUGUUCCCAUCAAGUUUGAGAAUAUUGUGCUUGAGUGGCACAGGGUGUCCAUGGGAGCACAUGAAUAAGAUUGGUUCAUUGCUACCAAAUCUUAUAAAGCUCGAUUUAAAACAGUAUGCCUUUCGAGGUCCAGAGUGGGAUAUAGAAUCGGGGUGUUUUUUGAAACUUGAGACACUUAUAGUUGAUGAUGCUGAUUUGGUGCGAUGGAGAGCUCAAAAUGGAAGCCUCCCAAGGCUUCAGCUCCUAAGCUUACGGCAUUGCUACAAAUUGAAACAUCUUGAUUGGAUGCUUGAUUCCUCAAUGGUUACACCUAUAAUUGAAAUAGUAGAUUGCCAUCCCUUUAUUUUUGCUUCUGUGGCGAAAAUACCAGAAUAUCUCUCCAAAUCUCGAUGCUACUGUUCUUAUUUGUGACCGAGAGGACGAGAAGUCAGCAUCUAGAUAUCUCAAUUCGGUUAACAGGCAAAUGAGAGAGCAGAAUGGGUCAGAUCCACAUUAUCCCAUCACCUAUCACUUUAAUUGUAAUACCAUGUUGUUUUUGUGAAUCUAAGGAUAAUGAUUUGUUUGAUUUUGUUGAGAAUUAUGAAAGUUGAAUGUUGAAUCA